AUGUCAUAUGGCAGCAGCAAUUGGCAAAGUUGGGUCCUUGACGAAGCAGAAGCUUUUCCGCUGCUAGAACAUGCUUAUGCCUUGGGCAUCAACACCUGGGACACGGCGGACGUCUAUUCUCAUGGUCGCUCAGAGGAAAUCAUUGGUAAAUUCUUGAGAGAGAAGCAAAUCCCUCGCGACCGCGUGGUCAUCAUGACCAAAUGUUAUUUCGGCGUGGAUGAUCAAGGUGGCCAGCCGCCCAAUCGUGCGACAAUCUACAAUGAUGGAAAAGAAUGGGUUAACCGCGUGGGUUUGUCUCGAAAACAUGUUUUUGAUGCAGUCGAAGGAAGUGUCCGGCGACUUGGGACCUUCAUCGACGUUCUGCAGAUCCAUCGCCUCGACCGCAAUACCUCGCGGGAGGAAGUAAUGAGGGCACUGAACGAUGUCAUAGACAGCGGUAAAGUACGAUAUAUCGGCGCCAGUUCGAUGGCAGCCUGGGAAUUCCAGUCCCUUCAAAAUAUAGCUGCCCGUAAUGGGUGGCAUCAAUUCAUCUCGAUGCAAAACUUGCACAACCUGAUUUGCCGUGAAGAGGAGCGAGAGAUGAUCCCCUAUUGUAAGGAUACGGGAAUCGGGCUCAUUCCUUGGUCGCCUUUGGCCCGCGGCGUGCUUGCUCGACCCUGGGGCUCCCGCUCAACCGUGCGCGAGUCGACAGAUAUGAGUUUGAAAAGUAUCAUCCGCGAUCGGGAGACAGUGGCAGACGAGACUGUUGUUGGCCGGGUGGAAGAGCUGGCAAAGAAGAAGGGAACUACCAUGGCCCAGGUCGCCAUUGCAUGGUGCUUGAGCAAUGGCGAGAAUCCUAUCUUGGGACUCAACAGUGUCGGGAGAAUUGAGGAGGCCGUCAGUGCUAUCAGCGUGCAACUAACUGAGGAGGAGAAGCAAAAGAUAACCGAUGCUACUGAGGCGGUUCUAAUUGUGUUCGGAAAAUUGUGUGAAGAUACCGCUCCGACGGCAUUGUGGCUCAAUUACAUUCGCGAACGUUAA